UGUGUGUUGUGUGCCGAGUGCCGAUUGCAACGGAUGCCUGAAAUGAUGAUCAGCAUUAUUCGUUUCCUUUCGAAAUCAGUAUACGAUUACGAAUGAGCAGAUGCACAGUUCAACUUGAGUCUUGAACACGCCACCCGCCUUCUGAAAAUUAUACUUUUAUACUCUUGAUAAUAGUGAAUGUUAUUAUUUCAUUCAAACGUUUAAUUGCGAAAGUUUGUGUUCGGUAAUUUCAUUUCUUUUUACUAUUUCUCGUGUAUGUUGUGUAAAAAACUGAAAUGCCGCCAUUACAUAAGAAAAACAAAGAAGACUUCAAUAAUUACUAUCAUGAUCGGAAUUCGGGUAAUUUUGAUCGAGAACGAGGUUCAGGAAAUUUUUAUUCUAAACGCGUGUCGUUUAAAGCUCAAUCUCAUCCGAUUGGAUGGGUAAACAAAAUCAUCGAAUGUUUCGAGCAGGGAGGAAACGGCAAUAAGACUCCGGUUCCUGAGAGGAAACGAGUUGCCAUCCGAUAUAACCCUAUGCAAGGAAGGAGAGGCGCUCACAGGGACGCUAAUUCCAGAAACGUUGGCGGUAAUCAACAUUGUUUUAGAGGAAGAGUUCUACAGGAAAGUCCAUUUCAAUGGUAUAAGGUUACUUUAUGUAAUGGAAAAAAAUACAGCAGAUUGGAAAUACUCAAGGCAUUGCAGAAUUUCAUUGAUCCAAUGGAUUUUGUACCGAUAGCAGUCAAUUUGGACGAAGACGAUUUAACGUUUUUCAUCGACAAUUACAAAGCAGCUACCGCAAUUUGUGCUGCAAAUCUACGUUUUUCGAUGAGAGAUGGCUGGAAGAUUCAAAUCAAAGUUAGUGCGCACAUGCCGUACAUCGACGUGAAUCCUGCUCUGAAAGAGAAAAUAAGGGAAGUUAUGUCAUCCAAUUACGAUGAAAAAACUCAGCAUUUGGAUUUGUGCAGAUUUUACUCUAAAGAAGGAUUUCAGAAUAAUGGAAUUUUUGCGCCGCUGAAUUGUCAAAAUGUAUUUCAAACUGUACUUGAAAUCAUUGGCGAAAGUGUUCCGAAUAUUGUAUCCUUGGACUUAUCUCACAAUAAAAUAAUUUCGACCGAACAUUUGUCCAUUCUGAAAAAAUUUGGCAGCCGAUUGAAAUCAUUGAGUUUGAGUCAUAAUAAAAUAAACAAUUUGAGAGAUCUGUUAUGCCUUCAAGGCAUGAAGAUUGAAACUCUUGCUUUGGAUGGUAACCCGUUCUGUGAUAAAUAUGAAGAUCAGACAAAUUAUGUAAGAGAGGUUCGUAAAAUAUUCAAGGCUGUAAUAUUCUUGGAUGCGAUCGAAUUACCGCCACCGCUUUCAUUUGACGAAGAAAACGUGAUUGAAAUACCAAAAAGUCUAGGAAGUUUCUUAUGCGAUAUUAAUGGUAAAGAUUUCACUCAACAGUUUUUAGCGCAGUUUUACGCGUUAUAUGAUGAUAAACAUAACAGAGACGCUUUGAACAAAGCCUACGCCAAUUCUGCUCAGUUUUCCAUGAACGUAUUCAACAUUAGCGGUACGAACAGUCAAAAGUACAUAUUCCAUAGUCGUAAUUUGAAGAAAGUCAAUAAGUUUGAACAUAUCACCAAACUUUUGCACUGGGGAAGAGACGAAAUUGUCAGAUUUUUAAAUACGCUUCCGAAAACCCAGCACGAUUUAUCCAAUAUGACUGUCGAUUUAUUAAUUUACACGCCUCAAAUGAUAUCGUUGUGUAUUUGCGGAGUGUUCUACGAAAUCGAAAGUACUUCGCCGAUUAGAGCUUUCAGCAGAACGUUUAUCCUAACGCCGGCUGUUUCAGGAUACAAUAUCAUCAGUGAUAUGUUAUCCAUAACUGAUGCGUCUAAAGAAGUAGCGACGAAUGCCUUGAGCUCUCCAGUUCUUGCCCUUGCUGCUAGUCCGCAGCAUUUGGAGCUAAAUGUACAAGCAGAAAUAACUCCAUGCUCGCCUAUUGGAGAAUCAACUCCAAUUCGCAGUUCUCAAGAAUUAGAUGAAAAGCGGAGAAUGAUAAAUUCAUUAUCUGAACAAACCGGUAUGAACCUAACGUGGUCAGAAAAGUGUUUGGUAGAAACAGAUUGGAACUUGAAUAAUGCGUUGUUUGCUUUUAAUAAGUUUCAUAAAUCUAAUCAAAUUCCUGCGGAAGCCUUUAUGAAAUGAGUGACCAGUCAACUUGCUUAUAAGCAAUAUGGUCGUUGAUUUUCAUUCAUAUUAUAGGUAGUUGGUAUUUUUAUAAGUUCGUGUGAUUUCUACGGUUAAUUAUGCCAUUUUUUAUGAUUAGUUAUUUUUACGUUUAUGAAGAUUUUUUUUUAUUGAAGUUAUUAUUCAUAACUUGAUUUGAUUUACCCAUUGUAAGUAUUUUGAUUUGACUUUUUUUACCAUGUUUUUUAUUGUUGAAAAUUUGGAUUAUGUGUUUUCGUUAAUUUGAAGUUUCGAAGUAAAUUGUGUUACAUUAUCA